GAAAUCACUGCUAAUAAGGAGAUACAUCAGAAAGGAAGGAGACCUUGAUGGGGAAUAUCAUAGAAUAAGCAGAGUAAAAACACUGCAUUUCGAGUACUUAUGGUUAAGUGGGGAGGUGUGGGUGCCUGCAGCAGUAUUAGAGUGUCCUCCUGUUGCUGCUGCUGCGGUGGCAACAUUGGUGUGGCCCACAGAGCAGCAGUAA